GGAGGCGGAGGGAGGGAGGAGGAGGAGGCCCCGUCGCGGCCUUUGCCGCCGCCAACGGGGCUGUCCCUGUAGCUCCCGAUGGAGUUUGAGGCCCUGAAACCGCCGCCGAGCUCUGCCCCGGCGAGACGAGGCGCCUCCGUCGCCGAGCCGCGCCGUCGCGGGGCCCCCGGGAGCGGCCCUUAGCGACCCCGCCCGGGCCCCUCAGUACCGGGGAUUGAAUUUAAAGCUUCACAAACAUUAGCUUACAAAACACUACACAGCAAAAUAAUGAUCUGCUAGACUGCUAACCCGAGCAUCAGCUUCCACAAUGCCUGUGCAGGCAGCGCAAUGGACAGAAUUUCUGUCCUGUCCAAUCUGCUAUAAUGAAUUUGAUGAGAAUGUGCACAAACCCAUCAGUUUAGGUUGUUCACACACAGUUUGCAAGACCUGCUUAAAUAAACUUCACCGAAAAGCGUGUCCUUUUGACCAGACUGCCAUAAACACAGACAUUGAUGUGCUCCCUGUCAACUUUGCACUUCUUCAGUUAGUUGGAGCCCAGGUACCAGAUCAUCAAUCAAUAAAGUUAAGUAAUCUAGGUGAGAAUAAACACUAUGAAGUGGCAAAAAAAUGUGUUGAAGAUUUGGCACUCUACUUAAAACCACUAAGUGGAGGCAAAGGCGUAGCUAGCUUGAACCAGAGUGCCCUGAGCCGUCCAAUGCAAAGGAAACUAGUUACACUUGUAAACUGUCAACUGGUGGAGGAAGAAGGUCGUGUCAGAGCCAUGAGAGCGGCCCGUUCACUAGGAGAAAGAACUGUGACAGAACUGAUACUGCAGCACCAAAACCCUCAGCAGCUGUCUGCCAACCUGUGGGCUGCUGUCAGGGCUCGAGGAUGCCAGUUUCUAGGGCCAGCUAUGCAAGAAGAAGCCUUGAAGUUGGUAUUGCUGGCAUUAGAAGAUGGUUCUGCCCUCUCAAGGAAAGUUCUGGUACUUUUUGUUGUGCAAAGACUGGAACCAAGAUUUCCUCAGGCAUCAAAAACAAGUAUUGGUCAUGUUGUACAGCUACUGUACCGAGCUUCUUGUUUUAAGGUUACUAAAAGGGAUGAAGACUCUUCCCUGAUGCAGCUAAAGGAGGAAUUUCGGAGUUAUGAGGCACUACGCAGAGAACAUGAUGCCCAAAUUGUUCAUAUUGCCAUGGAAGCAGGACUUCGUAUUUCACCUGAGCAGUGGUCUUCUCUGCUCUAUGGGGACUUGGCUCAUAAAUCACACAUGCAGUCUAUCAUUGAUAAGCUACAGUCUCCAGAAUCAUUUGCAAAGAGUGUCCAGGAAUUGACAAUUGUUUUGCAACGAACAGGUGAUCCAGCUAAUUUAAAUAGACUGAGGCCUCAUUUAGAGCUUCUUGCAAACAUAGACCCUAACCCAGAUGCUGUUUCACCAACUUGGGAGCAGCUGGAAAAUGCAAUGGUAGCUGUUAAAACAGUGGUUCAUGGUCUUGUGGACUUCAUACAAAAUUAUAGUAGAAAAAGCCACGAGACACCCCAGCCUCAGCCAAACAGCAAGUACAAAACUAGCAUGUGCCGAGAUUUGCGACAACAAGGGGGUUGUCCACGAGGAACAAAUUGUACAUUUGCCCAUUCUCAGGAAGAACUUGAAAAGUACCGAUUAAGGAACAAAAAGAUGAGUGCGACUGUAAGAACGUUUCCUCUUCUGAAUAAAGUUGGUGUAAACAGCACUGUCACAACCACAGCCGGAAAUGUCAUUUCUGUCAUAGGAAGUACUGAAACAACUGGGAAAAUUGUUCCAAGCACAAAUGGAAUUUCAAAUGCAGAAAGCAGUGUUUCCCAGCUAAUCCCACGAAGUGCUGACAGUGGAGUAAGGACUCUGGAGACUGUGAAGAAAGUUGGGAAGGUUGGCACUAAUGGCCAGAACGCUGCUGGGUCCUCUGCAGAGUCUGUGUCCGAAAAUAAAAUUGGUUCUCCACCCAAGACUCCUGUAAGUAAUGCAGCAGCUACCUCUUCUGGGCCCUCUAAUUUUGGAACAGAGCUGAAUUCCGUGCCUCCCAAAUCAAGCCCAUUUCUAACUAGAGUUCCAGUAUAUCCUCAGCAUUCUGAAAGCAUUCAGUAUUUUCAAGAUCCAAGGACUCAGAUACCUUUUGAAGUCCCACAAUACCCACAAACAGGAUACUACCCACCACCUCCAACGGUACCAGCUGGUGUGACUCCCUGUGUUCCUCGAUUUGUGAGGUCCAGUAAUGUUCCAGAGUCCUCCCUCCCACCUGCCUCCAUGCCAUAUGCUGAUCAUUACAGUACAUUUUCCCCUCGAGAUCGAAUGAAUUCUUCUCCUUACCAACCUCCUCCUCCGCAGCAGUAUGGACCAGUUCCCCCAGUACCCUCUGGAAUGUAUGCUCCUGUGUAUGACAGCAGGCGUAUCUGGCGCCCAGCUAUGUACCAACGAGAUGACAUUAUUAGAAGCAAUUCUUUACCUCCAAUGGAUGUUAUGCACUCGUCUGUCUAUCAGACAUCUUUACGGGAAAGAUAUAACUCAUUAGAUGGAUAUUAUUCAGUGGCUUGUCAGCCACCAAAUGAGCCAAGGACAACUGUGCCUUUACCAAGGGAACCUUGUGGUCAUUUGAAGACUAGUUGUGAGGAACAGUUAAGAAGAAAGCCAGAUCAGUGGGCACAGUACCAUACCCAGAAAGCACCUGUCUCUUCAACUCUUCCUGUGGCAGCACAGUCACCAACACCACCUUCUCCUCUGUUCAGUGUAGACUUCCGAACCGAUUUCUCUGAGAGUGUGAGUGGCACAAAAUUUGAGGAAGACCAUCUUUCCCAUUAUUCUCCCUGGUCUUGUGGCACCAUAGGCUCUUGUAUUAAUGCCAUUGAUUCAGAGCCCAAAGACGUAAUUGCUAAUUCAAAUGCUGUGCUAAUGGACCUGGACAGUGGGGAUGUGAAGAGAAGAGUGCAUUUAUUUGAAACUCAGAGAAGGACAAAAGAAGAAGACCCUAUUAUUCCCUUUAGUGAUGGACCCAUUAUCUCAAAGUGGGGUGCAAUUUCCCGAUCCUCUCGAACAGGUUACCAUACAACAGAUCCAGUCCAGGCCACUGCUUCCCAAGGAAGUGCAACUAAGCCCAUCAGUGUAUCAGAUUAUGUCCCUUAUGUCAAUGCUGUCGAUUCAAGGUGGAGUUCAUAUGGCAGUGAAGCCACAUCAUCAGCACACUAUAUUGAAAGGGACAGAUUCAUUGUUACAGAUUUAUCUGGUCAUAGAAAGCAUUCCAGUACUGGAGACCUUUUGAGCAUUGAGCUUCAGCAGGCCAAGAGUAACUCAUUACUUCUUCAGAGGGAGGCUAAUGCUCUGGCCAUGCAGCAGAAGUGGAAUUCCCUGGAUGAAGGCCGUCACCUUACUUUAAAUCUUCUCAGCAAGGAAAUCGAACUGAGAAAUGGAGAGAAUGAUUAUACAGAAGACACAGUAGAUACGAAGCCUGAUAGAGAUAUUGAGUUAGAGCUUUCAGCACUUGAUACUGAUGAACCUGAUGGACAAAGUGAACAAAUUGAAGAAAUCCUAGACAUACAACUUGGUAUCGGUUCUCAAAACGAUCAGUUGCUGAAUGGAACAGCAGUGGAAAAUGGUCAUGCAGUCCAGCAGCACCAAAAGGACUCAGUAAAGCAGAAGAGACAGAGUUUAGGUGAAGACCAUGUGAUUCUGGAGGAGCAAAAAACAAUUCUACCGGUAACAUCUUGCUUUAGCCAGCCACUCCCAGUGUCUAUUAGCAGUGCAAGCUGCCUCCCUAUCACCACAUCUGUCAGUGUUGGCAACCUCAUUCUGAAAACUCACGUUAUGUCUGAAGAUAAAAACGACUUUUUAAAACCUAUUGCAAAUGGGAAGAUGGUUAACAGCUGAAAGGAGGCUCAUCUUUCAAAUUUGUGACCACACCAUGGAAGCAUUUACACUAGCUUUUUAUAUAUAUAAUAUAUAUUAUAUAAUGUAUAUUUUUUUUAAAAAAAAAAAGAUAUUACUGGGGGCAUCCAUUUCCUGUGGACUCUUUGAUACUUCAAGCCCUCUUGCAUUAGCAUUAUGAAAAAAAAAAAGAAAAUUUACUUUACUAGGGUAACGUUCACUUUCCAGAAAUUAUUGGAAUUUGGACAACAUUUAACUUAAGCUUCAAGCAGCUUUUUAUGAGUUUGUAGCAAUCCGGUGCAGUAACUGAGCCAUUUCCUAUUUUAAAUGGCUUCUACAGUAAAUUAACAACUCAGUUAUUAAACUAGCAGGAUCCUACAAUGAUACAUCUAGUGAAAGUAGAGUUAAUUAACUAACUUAUUUCUAUUUUAUGUUUCACUGAAAGAAAUUUCCAUCUCAUUCCAGCUGCUUUAUUUAUCUUUUUCAUUGGACUUUGCAUGGAUUUUUCUUUUUCUUUUUGUGCUUUUUCUUUUUCUUUUUUUUUUCUUUUCUUUUUGAAGAGUGGAGUUAGAUGUUCUUACCAUAGAGUUUUACAGGGUUAUAUAAUAGCUUUCUUUACUGCAUUAUAUGUAGAAGUGUGGUGCAGUGCUUUUAUCUGUAGCAUUUAAUUUUUUUAAUUUUCCAUUUUCAAGAAUAGUUUCUGCUUUGUUAAUAUUUAUACACAGGCUACUUGUUGAAGUAAUUAAUUAAAAAUAUAACCAAGUGCCUAAGUCUUUCAGCUGAUGUACUAGAUAUUAAAUUCUCCUAAGUUAUGCAGAAUCGUUUUUACAAUUUUGAUAAAUUAUGCACUAAUGUAAUGGCAAUUUUUUAAAAUGCAGAUUUAAGCCUGUACAUUAUUGAAUCUGAUGACUUGGCAAAAGAAUCAGGUGCUUUCAGCUUUCUUGAGAAAACCCUGUAUGUAGCGUUUGCACUGACUAACAAGGUGGUAUUGCUGGGUCUUUAAUUUAAAGUAAUUAAUUUGGGUGUUCAUUACAUUAUUUUAGUUAGGUGUUGUUUAUUGUUACUUCAUGUUGGGUUUAAUUUUCUUUGUUUUCUGACUGUUAGGUUGAUAAGACUUUGAACCAUGUAGUAGUAGAACAUUGGCUAACAUUUACCCAUUCUUAAGAACAUGAAUAAUUUUUGCCCUGCCAUAAUGUGACUGAAAUGUUCGCUGGGCGUCUGAAAGUAUGCAGUAUGCUCAACCAGCCAUGCCCCAGAUUCUGUGGGUGGUAUUUUUUGAAGCUUAAAUUUCAGUCAACAUUUGAAAACAAAAGCUGGCAUUCCUUCCUGGUAGUAAUCUUAUAGUUUGUCUUUUUGUUCUUUCUCUGUUUCUUUAAGAUUAGUUUGACUUUUAUUAUUUUUUAAUUAACUUCUGUGAAGUUGUUUACUCUGAAAAUUGUACUGGAAUAUUUUAAGCCAAGCUGAUCUUUCACCAGGUGUACUGUAUGUAAGGGCUUCUCCUGCUAGCAAGAUGCUUAAACAGGAUCAUGUUAUUGGUCGUCUGAGCUAUUUAGUUAUUUUACAAAACCACAGCAUUGUAUCAGAGAAGAUUUUGAUAAAAGUUUUGUGCACAUUUCCAGGGGUGGGAGGGUUGACAUUUCCCUGAAAUUUCUUGAUUGGAAUGAGUAAAUACUGGUGUUUGAUACCUGUCUUAAUGAACAUGCUCAUAAGGUGACUGAUACGUUGUAAAUAAUACCUGAGAAACAAAGGGGUAGUUUUGAUAUUCUGGUGUCAGUAUGGAAGAUCUUACACAUUUAUUUAAUACUUAAGUGUAUGAAGAUGUUUGUUUGUAGCAUAACAGCACAGUAGCCUUGACUUAGUUUCCUUUGGUUAGUACUGUACCUUUUUGCCAUGGCCAGUGCUCCCCAUCCCUACAAAGACAUUUUAUUUAUUUCACUCUGUAGCCUGAAAUGAAGAGGAACAAGAGUUUUAAACCAUGUUACAUUAACUUAUUUCUGACAUUAUAAAUUAGCCUAGGAUAUUACAGGAACAUGAUUGUUAUAAUUUAUAUCAGAACCUUUCUAUAAAUAUGAGCUUAUUACAUUUGAAAUGCUUCCAAUGUACUUCUUUUUUCUGUUUGUAAUUCCAAAAAGGUUAUGUAAAACAGUCUGUCUAUUUCAUGGAUAUUUAAUAGUGAGAUCUUCCAUGUUGAAGGUAAUGUAUUUUUUUUUAAGAUUUUAAAAUUGCUAUUUUGUUACAAAAUAGAGACCUAUUAACAGUUGAGAGCUCCUUAUGUGCCCUCAGGGAAAGAACCCUCCGUGCAACAGAACUACACGAACAUCUUCAGCACUUUCUGAGGGUGAUUAUAUACUACAUAAAUUGAUCUUGUGUAUUUAACCUUAUCUUUUUAAUUUUAAAAUUGAAAUUUUGAACGUGGCUGUGCUCUGCUGGAGGGGUUGGGAUGCUUAGGUGUUUGCCUACUUGUUCAGUAAACCACAUUUCAUCAGUGUAUGUGUACACCUGCCCACCUUAUUGGUGUGUCUCAAACAUUUAUAGCUAAACAAUGCUUGUCUUGCAGCAGAUGAUCCCAUAAAACAGUAACUUCCUAUUCUCAAAUGUUUACUCUUUCUCACUAACAACAGAGGAAUUGUUUCUGUGUUGACAAGAUUCUAUAUUGCAUCUUUUGUGUGGUGACAACCUCCUGUCUGUUUUGGUGAGUUUAAUUUGAAAUAAGGCUAUUGGAUCUCUGCCACUUUAGAAGAAAGAACAGUUCAUCUGACCUUUCUUCAAAAUGGUACCUAUUGAUAUCAUAGAGGAAAAUAGUACAAACAGACUUGGAAUGUGGCUUUUUUUAAAUUAGGGGCAAACAUUACUUUGACCUUUUAUCAAAAUGACGUUAUGAUGAACACAUUUGGGAUCAGAGGCUACAACACAAUAGAAGAGAAAAUCUGGAAUGUUGGUAUCUAAACUGCUUGUGUCGCCUAUGGUCUAAUGAGAAAAAGGCAGUCGGAAGUCUGAAAAGCGGGAAAAUGGUGUGGGUUUCCUUUUUUUUUUUUCCUGCCAGUUUUCUGAGUCCAGUUUCUAUUCUGAGUGGCAUUCAGAUGCUGUGAAUUAUAACAUCAUUAGUCUUGUGUGGGCUCAUUGCAUUUUACGAAUUCUAAGAGUUCUGUGUUUAUUCCUUCAAGUUGGUACCUACACAAAUCAGAGUCUCUUGCCUUUGCUACCAUGACUUACUUCAGUGCCAUGCACCGAGUCAGUGUAUGUGGAGACAGUUGUACAUUGUAAUUUUUCAAGAAAAGGUAGCUCUUUAGGCCAGUGACACUUAUUCUCUGCUUCUUUAGGCCAGUGACACUGAUUCUCUGCUUUCAUAGCUACUUACUCUUAUAGUAAGAGAAUUAAAUGAAACCUCAUGCAAAAACUAAAAUUUCCCAUUUGUAUGGAUCCUAAUCACUUUGACCCAGAUUUCAAAUUGAGGCUAAGUUACAAAGCACAUUCUGAUUUUAUGUACAGAAGAUUACAGAAUGCAGUAAUUUAUUAGGACUUUUGAGUGGGAUCAUUUAACCAUUUGAAAAAUUUGUCUAAAAACUGUCUACCCUAUUUCUGAAAAUUAGAUGUGGUAAAGCCCAUGUUGUCUUUUUUAGCCAGGUAUAGAACUUGUAACAAUCAGAUUCAGUGUGUGAUCUCAGUUGUGAAUCUGAGUAUUUCUUCCCUUGCUUCUUUGAGUCGUUUUCUGAGCAGACUGUCACCAAUAUUGGUAACUAAUCAUUAAAGAGAAAAGUUGCAUUGCAGCUAUGUCUUAGUGUCUUAGAACUGUUCUCAUGAUUUUAUAAUCAAGAGUACUGAUGGGAUCACCUACGGUAACCCCUUCUACAGAAGGGCCCUUCUGCAAGCAGAACACAGAUGAGCAUGCUCAAGGAGCAUCCCCUUUUCUACAGAUUAAGUUUGCUAGUAACUCCUUUACACUAGCUGUUUCUUUGUAUCCCUUUGCUGGCAAGGGAGUACAAGGAGUCAAACCACAGAUCAGAACACCCCACAUUUGAGUGGAGACUUAUUUUUAAUUCUAGGGGAAUUAUGCCCCCAAGUCUGAAACUGGCAAUUAUUUUUUUUCUCUUACAUAAAAAUUUAAUAAAUAUCCCCCAAACCAGUGGAAACCAGACACUGGCUGCACUUAGUACUGCCAAAAGCCAAGGUCAUUUGCACAUAUUCCAUCAACCUGUCAAGAAUUAGGCCUCACUUUAUAACCCAAGGCAUGGAAGUGCAUGCAUUCUCUUAGCUGGGCAAACAAUUAUACUGUAGUUGUGAUACAACACAUGUGGCUUUUAUUUGUACUGCACAUACCCACUGUACAGCCACUUGGGAGUAUCGUGGUUAGCUUGCAGCAACUGCCGUCUGCAUUUAUACUGUUUAUUGCAUAUUCUUUUCCCUGGAAGUGAAAGAGAAAUGUUUUUUCUUGUUGCAUUGAUUACAUUUUAUAAAUUUGCUUAGCUGGAAAGUUUGGGAAAAGAGGCCUGUUUGUCAAUUGUACAACCGAUUGUGAAGCUUAGUGUGAAUAUUUUUACGUCUGUAUUAGACAUUUUCUUUGCAAAUCUAUUGUUCGAUUGAAAUGUAAAUGAAAUUAAAGAUGGUGUACACCCAUCAUGUAAAAAGCAGGCACCAUCUCUAAGAUGGAUUUAAUGCUCAUUUUUAAGGCAUAUACUCAGCUUCUAUUUAAAACUAUAAAAUAAUUCUGUACAAUGAAAUGGGGAAUAUAUAUGGGAAUAUAAAUUCUAUUCCAUUUAUUUCAAUUUGAAUUUCCAAAUUGUAAUGUUUCCCUUUGUGCUAUAGGAAUAGAUUAAGGGGGGAGGCUAGGAUUUGUAAGGCCUGUAUAUGGGGGGCAGAGAUGGAACAAUGAGGGCUGUGAUGAUAGUGAAUAGCAAAGAGUGAAUUCUGUGUGUUUUUGCUGUAGCACUGAAGUGAAGAGAUAUUAGCUUUGGCUGUUCACAAAAUAGAGCAUCAUGAUUUUCAGUGUUUGAGAGAAAAUUGAUGGAAAAAGUUUGCAGUACUUGACAUGUAUUUGCAUGCACAAAAUAAAAUUAUUUGUCCACCUUAAAA